AUGAAUGAAGAAAAUGGAAGAGUUCCUCUUUGGACUGAUUUAAAAGAAAUUGCAGCCAAGGUGAGUGAUCCAUGGCUCAUUUUAGGGGACUUCAAUGAUAUACUUAGUGUUGAAGGAAGAAUAGGUGGAAAGAAGAGGAAAAAAUGCUCAGGUGCAUUCAAGGAAUGUGUGGAAUGCUAUCAGGUAGAAGAUGUGAAGUUUACAGGAUCUUUUUUCACUUGGAACAACAAACAAGCAGGGAAGAAGCCAUUUCGUUACUUUAGAAUGUGGCAAAAAGCUCCAGAUUUCCAGGAGAGAUUGAAAAUGAUUUGGCUGGUCAAAGAUGGUGGUGCACCAAUGUAUCAACUUGUCCAGAAGUUAAAAAUAGUUAAGAAGAGACUUCGGGAGAUAAACAAGUUUGAGAUUGGGGAUAUUCAAGCUGGAAACUCUAAGCGAUAUCAAGAUCUGGUAGAUUGCCAAGCUAAAUUACAACUGAAGCCUCUUGAUAUUAUCCUCACCAUAAAGGAAAAGGAAGCUAGAGUAAGGUACACUGAAACACAUAAAAAUUAUGUCUCCUUUCUUCAACAAAAAGCAAAAUUGCAUUGGUUGAAGGAUGGAGAUGAUAAUUCCACUUUAUUCCAUACUACUAGUGGGGAGCAAAUUGUAGGGAAGGAAAACAGUAUUGCCUCAGGAAAAUUUCUCAAGGAGAUUAAUUCAACAACUCUUUCCUUGAUUCCCAAAGGUAAAUGUCCAGACUCUGUUAUGGAUUUUCGUCCUAUAGCUUGUUUUAAUGUUGUCUACAAAGUUGCAACUAAGCUAGUUUUAUCUAGAUUAAGAAAGGUUCUUCUGGACAUUAUAGCUCAGAACCAAAGUGGAUUUGUUCAAGGGAGGUAUAUUGCAUAUAACAUAAUGGUGUGCAAGGACUUGAUUAGACAUUAUGGAAGGAAUAAUUCAAACCUGAAGUGCAUGAUCAAAUUGGAUUUGAGGAAGGCAUACGAUACAAUUGAGUGGGAUUUUAUUAAGGAAAUGUUAUAUUCAUUUAAAUUUCCUGAAGAUUUUAUUAAGUUGAUUAUGAUAUGUGUGAGAACCCCAAGAUUUAGUCUCAUGUUUAAUGGGUCUUUACAUGGUUUCUUUGAAACUAAAAGAGGUCUAAGGCAGGGGGAUCCAAUGUCUCCUUUACUGUUUGUGUUGGGGAUGGAAUAUUUAUCCCGAAUUAUGGUGAAAAUUAGUAAGAAAGAGGGAUUCAAGUUUCGUGACAGAUGUGGACCUCUCAAGCUAAAUCAUCUCUGUUUUGCAAAUGAUGUUUUGAUUUUCUAUCAUGGGGACUUUAAGUCAAUAUACUUCAUGCUCCGUGGCCAUAAAUUGUUCUCUCAAACAUCUGUUUUGCAACCGAGCGAAGCAAAGUCAGCAUUGUACUGUAGUAAUAUGGAUGAUUUGGAGGUGCAAAGAGUAAUUGAUUCUUCUAGUUUUACUAGAAGUCAUUUACCAUUUAGAUAUCUGGGGAUUCCUAUUUGUGCAAAGAGAAUAUUAGCAGCUGAGUGUGAAGUUCUAGUGGAGAAGAUGGUUCAAAGGAUUAAAGUUUGGAGUUUGGCUGAGUCUAGUAGUUCAGGACAUGUUUCUUGGGAUGAUAUGUGUAGAGCAAAGGCUGAAGGAGGUUUGGGAUUCAGAAGGAUCAAGGAGUGGAAUGAAGCAGCAAUUGAUUGGUGGGCCUACAAGGCCCCGAGUGCCAGUAGUUUGUACUGGAAACAGAUUGUCAAAGUAAAGGAGAAGUUCAAGGACCUUAAUUUGAUUCAUCAUCUCUCAAAUGGGGUUUAUAAGAUAGAUGAGGGGUACAAAGCUAUUGUUUCUUCUCAACAAAAGGUUCAAUGGCAAAUGGAGGUCUGGAAUAGAACAACAAUUUUGAAGCAUAGAUUUAUACUAUGGCUUGCAGUACUGGAUAGGUUGCAAAUGAAAGAUAGAUUGUUCAGAUUUAACAUAACUACUGAUGAUCAAUGUCUUUUGUGUGGAAGAAACAAGGAAACCCGAGAACAUGUCUAUUUUGGGUGUUACUUGAGCUCUCAAUGUCUGAGGCAAAUCAAGAGUUGUUUGGGUUGGCAAACGACAGCCAAUACAAUACACAAGUUGCUGAGAUGGAUAGCUAAGGCAAGACUAAAUCAUUUUCGGAAGCAAGUGAUUACAGCUGCUCUGGCAACUUUGGUUUAUCAGAUUUGGUGGUGCAGAAAUGAGGCAUUGUGGAGUCAAAAAGUUUAUAUAGUAGCCAUAUUUACACAAAGAAUUCAAUAUAAUGUAAAGCAUAGAGUUAGAAGUAUUAUGCUUAACAAGAUACAAAUGAUAGAUAGAGAUUGGUUUGAGCAAUUGUAA